AGAGAGACGUACAUGGGAGGCUGGGAGCUGAUCUCUAUAUAUGAACAGGAGGGGAUGGACUGGUGAACACUUAGAGGGGGGAACAGACUUUCUAUAUCCAGUGCAAGGGACUAGCUCUGUGCAUUCCAGUCCUGCUGACAGAGGUGAUAUGGGGAAAGAUUAUUAUUCGAUUCUGGGCAUCGAGAAGGGGGCUUCAGAGGAAGACAUCAAAAAGGCUUAUAGAAAGCAAGCUUUAAAGUGGCAUCCGGACAAAAACAAGUCAGCCCACGCAGAGGAGAAGUUCAAAGAGAUCGCCGAAGCCUACGAGGUGCUAAGUGACCCCAAGAAGCGAGAGAUCUAUGACCAGUAUGGAGAGGAAGGUAUGCAUUGGCUUAAAGGAGGACCCAAUGCACAAAAUGGACACGGAGGAAACUUUCACUACACGUUCCAUGGAGAUCCUCAUGCCACAUUUGCGGCGUUUUUUGGGGGAGCAAACCCUUUCGAAAUGUUUUUCGGGAGACGGAUGGGCGGAGGUCGGGAUGACGAGGACAUGGAACUGGACAGCGAUCCGUUUGGCUCAUUUUCUAGCUUCGGCAUGAAUGGGUUUCCGAGAGAAAAGAACCAGGUCGGAAACCAGAUCAGGCGUAAGCAGGACCCGCCGAUCAUUCACGAGCUCAGGGUGUCUCUGGAAGAGAUCUAUCAGGGGUGCACUAAAAGGAUGAGAAUCUCCAGAAAAAGACUGAACCCCGAUGGAAGAAGUGUGAGGACUGAGGACAAGAUCCUGACCAUUGAGAUUAAAAAGGGGUGGAAAGAAGGCACCAAAAUCACAUUCCCCAAGGAGGGAGAUGAGAUGCCAAUGACCAUUCCUGCCGAUGUAGUCUUUGUUAUUAAAGACAAAUCCCACACUCAUUUUAAGAGGGAUGGAUCGAACAUUGUCUGCCCUUUACAGAUCAACCUGCGAGAGGCUCUCUGUGGAUGCUCAAUCACUGUGCCCACUCUAGACGGACGGAAUAUCCCCAUGACAAUCAACGAAGUAAUAAAACCCGGGAUGAGGAGGAGGAUUAUUGGCUAUGGACUCCCUUUUCCAAAAAACCCCGAUCAUCGCGGAGAUCUACUGGUUGAGUUUGAAGUUGUAUUCCCAGACACCAUUCCACAGGCAUCGAAGGAGAUUCUAAAAAGACAUCUGCCUGUUUCCUAGAAUAUCUGCUACAGCUGACAGGAAGGCGGCCUCGGCACUGUAUUACCGCAUAUGAAGACCUACAAAUAAACUACAGCUGUGCACCCGGUAUUAUGUUAUCCGAGGGUGUACGUGCACUUUUACAGUAUUAGGAUGGGCAGCGUGUGCGCCGUGUGACAGUUCCUAAAAGAACUUGUGCUUGUGUCUGUUUUCUACGCCACAGGCUUGCUAGUGACGGGUGAUUAAUAUACCAGCAUUUUUUUUGUUACUCUAGAGCUGAUUUUGUAUUAGAAGACUUGUGAAUAUAUAUUCGUUGGUGACACUAAACCCAAAGACUUGUGAUGGUGCAUGUUGCACUGCACUUUAAAAGCAAAUCUAAGCAGUGACUUAAAGUGACACUAAACUCAGGAGUUUAAUCUUAAAAUUACAUUCAAGUACCAUAAC